UUCACCAACAUGGCCGUCUCCCGGGCGUCUUCUUGCCCAGCUGACUUCACCUGAGUGGCCAUUUCCGGUGUGAUGGUGCCCGCCGCGGCGGUGCUGGGCCCGGUGGGGUUUUGGUGUGCGCUCUGCCUCGCCGACUCUGCGUUCAAGUCAUCGCCCAGUCUCAAGGUUUGGUAUGAAGAAUUUCUGACAAAAUUUGGGAUCAGCAUUGCCCCUUUCCACAUACGUUGGCAGUCUACUUUCUUUAAUCGGUUAUUUUUAAAGCUGGGACGAUGGAAGCCUCAGUUUCUGCACAUAUGGUUCAAUCUUGGAAUGGGAUUUGGUGUGGUCUUCAUGUUUAUAUCAAUAAUACUUCUCACCAAAACCCUCUCGCAGACACUGGCACUGAUGUCAGCGGACAGUCCGGCAGCUGAGAACCAACGCAUUCUACAAGUUGUGGUGCCUGGUGUUAACCUACCUACAAGCCAGCUGGUAUAUUUUUUCAGCGUGAUUCUGCUCAGUGGCAUCAUUCAUGAAAUAGGUCACGGGGUGGCUGCAGUCAGAGAGCAAGUGAGAUUUAAUGGCUUUGGAGUAUUUAUUUUUGUAGUCUAUCCUGGGGCAUUUGUUGACCUCUACACAAACCAUUUGCAGUUAAUAUCCCCAGUCCAACAGCUACGAAUUUUCUGUGCAGGUGUUUGGCACAAUUUCGUCCUGGCGGUAAUGGCUUUACUCGUUCUGUACUUGUUACCACUCUUUCUCUUCCCUUUGUACUAUACUGGAAUUGGGCCGUUAGUCACUGAAGUUGCAGAGAAUUCCCCAGCUCUUGGACCCAGAGGAUUGUUUACAGGUGAUCUGAUUAAACAUGUGGAAAAUUGUUCGGUCUACGGUGUGGAAGAUUGGCACAAGUGCAUCGAAGAAAUCUCUUUGAAACCUCAGACUGGAUACUGCGUUAGUGAAGCAAACCUGCAUCAUCUAAGCUCCGUGAGUCGAGCUUACAAGAGACUCGACGGGACCACCGAAUGUUGUAACAACAACAGCCUUGUGGAUAUUUGUUUUUCUUACCGUGGCAACUUGCAGAUGACCCAGCACGUUUGUCUAGCAGCCAGGAAAGCCAUUGAAUCCAGCCGAGUGUGUCAGCGGAAUGAAGAUUGUCAGAAGGAGUUUGUCCGCAGCCUUUGUGCGAAGCCUUCUGUUGAAAAUCAAACCAGGCUGAUCAGAAUCAAACACUCGUCAUCCAUGGAUAUGCUGUUUAUAGGACACCCUGUGCAUCUUCAGUAUACAGUGAGCCUUACCAACUACAUGCCUCGCUUUGGUUUCCUGCACUUGGACAUUCCUGGUGUAAUAGAAACGUUUUGCAAAUACCUGCUCUCUUUAUCAGGAGCACUAGCAGUGAUAAAUGCUGUGCCAUGUUUUGCCCUGGAUGGACAGUGGAUGUUGAGUUCAUUCAUAGAGGCCACACUCAGUUCUCUGAUUGUCGAGAAGAGCCACCGAGACCUAAUUGGAUUUUUUAUCUUGCUUUUUGGCAGUGCAUUGUUGGCUUCUAACGUGGUCCUGGGGCUUUGGAUGGUAACGGCUAGGUAGUGUUUUAAACCUAAUCUAAACUAAUGCCCAUGGUGUACACCUUUUAUUCAUACCUCUGUAUUGUACCCUUCCCUACCUCCAAUGUCGAAAAAGAUGAGCACACUCCCAAGAUUUUAAUGAAAACCAAUGGGCUGUGCCCAUGUGAAUGUUGUGCCAACUUCCUGUGGCACAUGCCUUACUCUCAGGAGUAUGGAAUUGGAAAAGCGAUAGGAUAGCGGUCCUGGCACUAAGGACACCUUCUGUGGUAUUGUGUGGCACUACAAUUGUGCUCAAUGGAAUAGACGUAGAAUAGAUCUGGCAGCUCAAAAAUGGGCAUCUGUGAGGUGCUGGGCACCAUCAGCAGCAGCAGUAGAAAUGUUUGUCACCACAAUCUGUAACCUCAUGGCCUGGCACAUUCAUUACUCCACCAUGACAAUCAAUUCUGGUUCAAUGAGACAUGUGGCGACGCACCAGACAUACGUAGGAAUGCCAUGUUAACCUAGCAUAACUGUGACUGGGUCGACAAGUGUGCUUAAAUCAGUGAUUGACAGGGGUAAGCAGUCUCAACAAAUUGAAUCAAAACUGCAGUUCAUUCAGUCGUAGAUGGUGGUGAACACUGAGGAGGAGUAGACAUCUUCCCUUUCUCAGCAAGGGUAGGGCUUGAUGCUUUCAGCCAGAAAUGCUGAGUGGGUGAUCCAUCCUCAUGAAGUCCCCACUGUCACUAAAAACAGUCUUCAGCCAGUUUGAUUCAUUCCACAUGAUAUCGGGAAGUGGCUGAGGACACUGCAUACAGUAAAGGCGAGAGGAACAACCAACAUCACAGCUGUAGGCUCUAGCCUAGUUACUCCAUGAAAGUGACCACACUGGUACAGUUACUGGUUUGACAAUGUGGAAAAUUGGUCAGGUCUGCCUUGUUCUCAAAAACGUGGGCAAAUUCAGUCCAGCUAAUCAUUGUCCAAUCAGUUUACUGUCACUCAUCAAAUUCAGGGAAGACCUCACUUUUGGCUGCUAUCACUCAUGAAUCACUGGCUCACCAGUACUCAGUUUGGUUCCCACCAGAACUAUUUGGCCACAGAUCUCAUCAUAGACAUGGUCCACAGAUGGACCAGCGUGAGGUAAAAGUAACUGCCCUUGACAGUGAGGCUGCAUUUGACCGAGUGCAAACUCGAGGAACCAUGUUCAAACUGGCGUCAAUGGGAUUCAAGGAGAUAAUCUCAUUUGAGAAAGUCGUAAUACCGUAUACAUAGGAAGCUAAAUAUUGUUGCUGGAGGUCAACUACCAGUAUAACAUUGCAGGAGUUUCUCAGGGCAGUGUUCUAGGUCCCACCAAGCUCAGCUGCUUCAUCAAUGAUCUUUCUGACAUCAUAAGACAUGUUUAAUGAUUGAUCAGAAGGAGUUAACCAUAGAGUCAUACAGUGUGGAAAAGGCCCUUCGGCCCAACUUGCCCACUAGGUGCCAUCUGCACUAGUUCCACCUGCCUGCGUUUAGCCCAUAUCCUUCUAAACCUAACCUAUCCAUGUACCAGUCCAAACUAUUUUUAAAUGUUGUGAUAGUACCUGCCUCAACUACCUGCUCUGCCAGCUCAUUCCAUACACCUACCACCCUUUGCGUUAAAAAAAAAAAGUACCCCGGGUUCCUAUUAAAUCUUUCCCGUCUCACCUUAAACCUAUGUCCUCUGGUUCUUGAUUUUACUCCUCGUAAAUCUUCUCUGCACCCUUUCCAACUUAACAACAUCUUUCCUAUAACAUGGCAGCAUGGUGGCGUAGCAGUAGAACUGCUGCCUUACAGCACCAGAGAUCUGGGUUCGAUCCUGAUUAUGGGUGCUUGGCUGUAUGGAGUUUGUACGUUCUCCCCAUGACCCGCGUGGGUUUUCUCCGAGAUCGUCAGUUUCCUCCUACACUCCAAAGACGUAGGGGUUUGUAGGUUAAUUGUCUUGGUAUAGAUGUAAAAUUGUCCCUAGUGCUGGCCAGUGCGACCUCAGUGGGCCGAAGGGCUUGUUUCGCGCUGUAUCUCUUAACUAAACUAAAUAAGGUGACCAAAACUGAAUACAAUACUAUUAAUGUGGCCUCGCCAAUGUCUUGUACAACUGUAGCGUAAGCUCCCAACAUCUAUACUCAAUACUCUGACUAAUGAAGUCCAAUGUGCCGAAAGCCUUCUUGAUCAGCCUAUCUACCUGUGAUGCCACUUUCAAGGAACUAUGUACCUGCAAUCCUGGAUCCCUCUACUCUACAACGAGACCUUGGUGUGCUUGUACAUCAGUCACUGAAAGUAAGUAUGCAGGUACAGCAGGCAGUGAGGAAAUCCAAUGGCAUGUUGGCCUUCAUUGCGAUAGGAUUUGAGUUUAGGAGCAAGGUGGUCCUACUGCAGUUGGACAGGACCCUGGUGAGACCGCACCUGGAGUAUUGUGUGCAAUUUUGGUCUCCUAAUUUGAGGAAGGACAUUCUUGCUAUUGAGGGAGUGCAGCAUUGGUUCACCAGGUUAAUUCCGAUGAUGGCGGGACUGACAUAUGAUGAAAGAAUGAGUCGACUGGGCUUGUAUUCACUGGAAUUUAGAAGGACGAAAGGUAAUCUUACAGAAACAUAUAAAAUUCUUGAAGGAUUGGACAGGCUAGAUGCAGGAAAAAUGUUCCCGAUGUUGGGGAGUCCAGAACCAGGGGUCAUAGUUUAAGAAUAAGGGGUAGGCAAUUUAGGACUGGGAUGAGGAAAGAUUUUUUUCACCCAAAGAGUUGUGAAUCUGGAAUUUUCUGCCACAGAAGGCAGUGGAGGCCAAUUCAUUGGGUGGUUUCAAGAGAGAAUUAGAUUUAGCUUUUAAGGGCUAAAGGAAUCAAGGAAUAUGGGGUAAAAGCAGGAACGGGGUACUGAUUUUAGAUGAUCAGCCAUGAUCAUAAUGAAUGGCGGUGCUGGCUUGAAGAGUCGAAUGGCCUACUCCUGCACCAAUUGUUCUAUGUUUCUGUGUCUAACCGAUCAAGUUUGAUAAAGGGUCUCGACCCAAAACGUAACCUAUUCCUUUUUUCCACGGAUACUGCCUAAUCUGCUGAGUUAUUUUGCAUCUAUCAACCUAUCAAAGAUCCCAGUGGAAUUUUUGACAACACUAUCUACAAUACCACCCACUUUCGUGUAAUUUGCAAACUUACUAAUCAUGACUUGUGUGUUCUCAUCCAAAUGAUUGAUAUAGAUGACAAACAGCAAUAGGCCAGAACCGAAUCCUGAGGCACACCACUCGUCACAGGCCACCAGUCUGAAAAACAACCUUCCACCAUCACCCUUUUCUUCCUUACUUGAAGCCAAUUUUUUAUCCAGUCGGCUAUCUCUCCUUGGACCUCAUGUGAUCUAACCUUCCAGAGGUUAAACCUUCCAGAGCAGCCUACCAGGCAGAUCCUUGCAGUUGGAGCAGUUACAUAAAUACCGUGGCUACACAAGUAGUAGGUCAGAGGCUGCAUAUCUUGAGGAGAGUUGUUCGCCUCCUGAUACUGCAAGACAGCGAGUAUUUACUAACUGGGAAUAUGUCGGACAUGUUACAAAAUAUUCUUUCAACAAGAUGACUGCAGCUCCAACAACACUCAAGAAAUAUGACACCAUUCAGAAUAUAGCAACCUGCUUAAUUGGCACCCCAUAGAGCAUCCUCAACAUUCAUUCCCUUCCGCUUUAGUGCGCCAUAUAAAUUGCACUGCAAUCACUCUCCCCGAUUGCUGACAGCACCUCCUGAUCACAUCCAUGGUCUCUAUCAGCAAGAAAGGAAAGGGCUUUAAAUGCAUGGGAACACCACUGCUUUCAUGUUACCUUCCAAGCUGCACACUACCCUUCCUUCAAAAUAUAUCACCGGUCCUUCAUUGCCGUUCGGUCUUAAGUCCUGGAGCUCCGACCCCACCAGCAGUGGUAACUCCUUCACAAGAAGGAUUGCAACUGGUCAAGACAUCAACGUACCACCACCUUAUUAAAGGCUGUGAAGAAUGGGCAAUAAAAUUUCCCAAACCUUCCUCAGAAAUGUAGCUGGUCAGACAUUGUAUAUUGUGAUUUGAAAUUCCAAGCAAUAUUUGUGCGGAUGCUUUCCACUGCCUUUUCAGACCGAUUUCAUUUGGAAACUCCGAUAUAUAAUAAUGAAUGUCUGCCAGUAACUAGUUCCCAGUUUGUGGUCCAGACUUUUCAGCAAAAAAUAUUGUUUAAUUCUGUAGGUGCUUUUGAAUCAAGGAUCCUCUCUUAGAUGGAGGUGUUGGUUGAAUAUGCAUCUUGAACAGUAGUUUCUCCUAUUUCAGUGAUUAGAAUCAAUUACAAUAUUAUGUCAGCUGAUGAGUGACACUUUUCAACAAUUAUUUGUUUAAUGCAAUGGAUCUGUAAUCAUUUAAUAUAUUUCACCCACAGAAGAAUCAUUGGGCCCUUCAAUUAUAAUAAAAUUAACCCAAACUAUAUCAUGCUGAAGUGGAGUAAAUGCUAGCAGAAUAGAAAUGGAAAAUAAUUUGGAAGUUUUUGAGUAACCCUGCUUCCACAUUGAGUCAAAAGUUUUUAUUGGCAGAAUUGGGACAGGACCUGUGUAGAAAUUCCACACUCAUUUACAUGUCUCAAUACCUUACAUCUUCUUUCAUACCAGGUAUUUCACAGUAAUUUCAAUGUUUCAGUUUGUAUGACAUUUUUCCCCUGAACUUGCACUGCAAUUUCUCCCCAUGCCUUAAUAUUUUAAUUUGUCUCAGCUUCUUAAAUGCUUUUCUCCCUCUUUCAUUCCGACUGACAAAAUGCACAAAAUAGUUUGUCCCUCUGCUAAUGCUGCUGGUCCUGCUGUGCUUUUUCAGUGUCACAGGAUUCUGUUUGAAUCUAUUCUGGAUUCUGUAGUCUAAAAAAUAGACCUUGUGAUGAUCUUGUGACAUGAAGAGAUGUAACUCUAUGUGCAAUUUGAUGAUUUUAUUUAUUGAAUGCUUGAAUAAUAUUGACAAGUUAACAUUUAUUGUCUGUGCACCACGAGGAAUAGAAUUGGUCCUGUUGCAUUUGAUGCUUUUUUUUAAACCCUAACCCUGAUAGGCAUUUACUAAUAUUUUCUGGUCUUCAAGCAGCAAGCUGUUGUUCAUCCCACUGCAGAUGAAAGAGGAAUUAUUCCCCUCUCUGUCUAGCAGUGAAUUGAUUAGGAAGUAGAUGAAAUCAGGUGGCUGUAUAUAGUGGUUCUAAAAAAAGUAUUUGGACUACAAAGUUUCAUGCAUGUCUUCUCCACUUUGUAUUUGCAUAAUAAGUAAUCCUAUGUUUUGUUAUGUUGUGUUUAUGUAACUUUCGGCGGCAUUAUAUGGAAAACCAUAAUUUUUAAUUGUAAACUAUAUAAAUCAAGAGCUUUGUUCAUUAA